AUGACCACCAGCGCCAUGGACCAGUCGUCCUCGUCCCCAGCGAUGAGCUUUACCGUGCUGGCAUCUACUGCUCCGGUUCUCGCCCCGCGAGUAGGUAAAUUGGCGAUUGCAGGCCGCAAGACCAUCGCGACCCCCCACCAUGUGCCGCUCACUUCGCGGGGCACAGUCCCGCAUGUUGCGCACGAUGUGAUGCGCCAACAUACUGAGAUUAAUAGUUUAUAUGCUGGAUUGGAAGAUUUCAUCGCGAGAAAACAACCACCUGUAUACAAUACCCCCGCGGCGGAUCAUGAGUCGCCGUUGAAAAAGUUCAUCUGCGUCCCCGAGGACAUGCCAUUGAUUCUUGGCCCGCGACGAUUCCCUCCCAUCCCAUGUCCACCGGCGAACACCUCGAGUUCCAUCGCACUGCUUACCUCAACUGGAUUCACCCAGCUAGACGCCCACGAUUACGUGCAGGCAGUGCAAAAGCUGAGACCUGAUAUUGCCGUCGGAAUGGUAGACCUGGCUAACAAGCAGCCGGGAUCGAAGCGGCGGGCAAGAAUGGUUGACAGAACGCACGCGUGGAACCGCGAUGCAUUGGAGCAACUAUACGGGCCCUCUGUGGCGGAGGAAAAGAAGGCAAAGAGCGCAUAUUUUGCGCCCAUCUUGCCGCUUGAUAAUGCACAGCAGUCUCUCUAUUUGGAUGAUCUAGAAAGCGAGUUCCGGUGGGAUAUCUCCGGUCUCGCACUUUAUCAAUCUGCCUCGUUGGGAUUCGUCCCUGAAUCGCUGGCGGACCUGCCUCGGUUACUAUUCAGUGAACCGGAGACUCCGCACACUAUUCUCCGGGACAUAUCGCUGGGCGCAGAUCUUUUGACUACGCCUCUGCUGGGCGUGUCGUCAGAUGCUGGUAUCGCCAUGGACUUUGUCUUCCCGGUUCCUGAUGUCUUGCAGGAUGGCAGCGCCAAACCUCGGCCUUUAGGAACUGAUAUGUGGAAAUCUGACCAUGCUGUAGAUACAUCCUCGCUGGGCGAGGGAUGUACAUGCUAUGCUUGCAAGAAUUACCAUCGGGCUUAUGUCCACCAUUUGCUAGUCGCCAAGGAGAUGACCGCUUGGGCGAUUCUUCAAAUUCAUAAUUUCCAUGUCAUGGAUGCGUUCUUCGCGGGAGUGCGGGAGAGUAUUCAGCGUGGUACCUUCGAGCAAGACGUUCGGAUGUUCAACUGUGUUUAUACCUCUGCUAUGCCCGAGAGCACCGGGGAGGGUCCUAGAUUACGAGGAUAUCAACUCCCGGCCAAUGGCCCUAAUCAGCCCCGUCGCAUGCCAAAGGCGUACGGACUGCUGGAUGGCGCUGCCCAGAAAUUCGCCGCCUCCCAGUCGGAAGUCGCUACCCCAGAUGCCGGCGCCGACGAACUCGAAGAACAAGGAUUUGCUGAGAAGGCCUGA